GGCCGCCGCAGUGGGAAGCCAGCAACUAACCGCUUGAACUAUGGCGUGGCCUUCAGGGUCUGGAUUAGUAUGACUAACCAGGACUGGCAGCUAAGUUCCCAUAAUGGGCAAUGGAAUUAUGACUGGAGCCUCCCAUGGGGCGGCAUAAUGACUCUUGGGUCUACUCAGGACGAAUGCGGGAGAGCACUCGUAUGGGUGUAGCUUUGGCUAUUUGAGUUGUCUCCCUAGAGUACCGGUAAGGUGCUGCAAGCCUUCGGACUCAACACUCUAAAUCGGUCUGACUAACCCAUGUGGAGGGGUGGGAAUGUGGUAAGCUUAUGCGCCACCCCCAGGGGCGACUUUCUCAUGCAGGUUUCCCUGGUCGCAAACUCAUGAGUCGCACUCCCACUGAACAUCUGGGAUACCCCCCUCCCCCGAACGAGCACUUUUGGUCCUGGAGGCUUGUGAGGGUUUAUCCUUAACAGGACUGAACUGCUUAAGCCAAGGUGUGAGGCAUUGUGCUGAGGGCUGCAUGGCACUGGGGUGGUAAUUAUCCAGUGUCGUGAAUGAUCCCCUCAGGGCACCAGGCAUCUCCCCGUUGUAUUUAUGCCUUCCACCUGUAUGGGGCGCUGCCGGUGGUGACCUAUAUUCCCAUGACUCGUGGAACCGAAAUAAAUACUGGUACCAAAACAGAUACCGGUCAUAAGGACCUUAAACAGAAGAGGGACUCCCCUCCAAGGAGAUCCCUAUGAGAAAUACUUCAGCAGGGGGCAGGAAGCUCUAGUGCACCAGUUGCAACCAGCGAACCUGCUGGUGAAAUUUCAGCCAAAGGCAGGGACGAACCAGUGGUGAGAAACCAGAAACCACUCUCUUGGGAGUCUGUAGUACUGACAUAGCACUACAGGGAGCUAGUACUUCUAGCAUUCCUACACUAGGAGAAGGUCUAGGAUACCUAGCCUCUGGUGUAAGUAGACUCUGUAUAGUGAAGAAGGCCCUGUCUGGAUGCGCUAGAUGGAAACUUAGAAAGGCAUGAGCUAGGGCAAGCGAAGCAGGAACUGGGGGCAUUCAGCAACCAGGAAAUGCAGGCUCAUCCAAGCAGGGAGAAACCCCUGCCAAGACCCUUAAGAGACAAAGGUCGGAGGGCAGUACACCCCAUAGAAACGUCCAAAAAGGUCCACGGACACUAAGGGACCAGGGACUUACUGUGGCCAACAUAAAGGUUGGAAACAUAUCCUGAAGAUAAGCUGACAGAAGAUGACCAGAACUCCAUUCUGGAAGUACUGGGAGGGGUGUUAGGUAGGACUCCAUCAGGAGAACUACCAAACCUGAAGUCCUACAGACUGGAGUGAGGCGGACUAUUUUUUACAACCAAGUCUGGUCAAUGGCUUAUCAAAGCUUUCGACAAUUACAAGCUGGAAUUAGGGGCCAGGCUGAACGCUACAGAUGCCAGGAACCUACCCAAACCUGUUAAAAUGGCUCUCAGGAUUAGGGACAAAGUUGCCCAGAAUCAGGAAGAGCUACUGAAAUUGAUUGUGAAUCUUAAUCCAGGACUCCACACUGAGCAAUGGAGAGUACUCAAUAAGCAAUCUGAGCUGAAAGGCCAGAGGCUUAGUUUACUUAUAGACUGGGAGUCUUAUGCCAUUAUAAAGAGGACCAGAUAUAAAAUAUUUACAAGGCUCUCAUAGGAAACAGUUAAACUGCUGAAAGAUCCUGAAGCUCAGCACCAAAAGGGAACUGUGCUAGACACAGCAUCCUCAAAAUCGGGCUCUGAGGGGGAGGGGGAUGAUGUACCCACUCCCUCAGAUGACCAAAGCAGAGCAUAUGAAGGGACCCCUUCAAAUGGUACCCAGUCUGAGAAUAAGAAGAAAAAUUAAACAAGUUACACACACACACACAAACUCAAACAUAUACAUAAACAACAUGAAAUUCCUUCAGAUUAACAUACACCACAGCAAAGCAGUCAUGGCAACUUUAAGCCAGCAGCUAGCUGAGGGAAAGGCAGAGAUAGCACUUAUUCAGGAACCUUGGUUAUACAAGGGUCAAAUAAGGGGUUUGACCAACACAGGGGGGACAGUUUACUCUGCUGUACCUGGUAAUAAUGCAAGAUCCUGUGUUUAUAUCAGGAAUCAUAUUAAUGCCUUACCUUUGCUGGAGCUCUGUUCUAGGGAUGCAACAGUGGUGAGGACAAUAUACAAGUAUCGAGGGGGCAGCAGGGAGCUGAUUGUUGCUUCAGUGUACUCGUACCUUCCAUAUGACUCAGAUGAACCACCACCAACUAAGGAGAUGAGGGACAUCGUAGACUACUGCUAUAGCAGGAAAAAGCAACUCAUCAUUGGGUGUGAUGCCAACGCGCACCACAUCUUGUGGGGGAGCACCGGCACCAAUCCAAGGGGAGAGAGCCUUAGGAAUUUCUGGAAAGAAUAUAAAUCACAAGUUUUUGAAACUGAAUUUAAGAAAAAUAUGUGAAACCAGAAAAGAUAACACAAGGGAUCUUUUGGCCAUGCACACAUGUUUCUUCUCACGCAUCAUGUUGUCUGCUUACUCAUAUGCCUGAGUGCAAGAUGGAGUACUUCUGGGGACACAAUCACACAGUGGUGUACCAUCUACUGCUUAGCUCAGAAGGAAUCUGUCAGCCUUAAUGAUAUGCAGGCAAAAUGAUAAGCAGAAAGGAGUGUGUUCAGUUACCCUUAGGACAGUGAAAUCUAGGAAGCUAUGAUGGAAGAAGCAAAGGAUGCAUACAGAAUUUUGGUUGGGAAACUGUUUGAAAAAUGUCGACUUGGGAGCUAAAGGAGACAUGAAGUGGAUGGAACAGACUAAGGAUUGUGUCCAAUGGCAGACUUUGAUAUUAGCAGUUCUGCUGCCAUAGUGAUACAGAAAGGAGAAAACAAGCCCCAAGCUCCAUGGUUUUCAGAAUGAAUCCAAAAUAAUUAUAUGGAAAAUAAAGGCAAAAACUAAAGAAAUGGAACUUCGGAUUCCUCCUGAGUUUAUGAAGCCAAUAGCUGCCCCUGUCCAGAAGCCUGGUUGGGCAUGUUUCACACACUGCA